AUGUCGAACUGUCAGACACUUCCCAGACCGAGCAACCCGACUGUGCCACCAAUCCAGGAGGGCGACACGGACCUGCCAGAUCUUGGCCUCGAGGUGUCCAUUGCCCCGUCGCGGUAUCCGUCCUCGACUGGCGCGCCGCCGCCAAUGCCCACACCGGCGCGUCGCAGCAGUCCCCUCCUCCCGGCUACGUCUCUUACACCAUCCCCAGACACGGCGACGACGGCCCCCUCGCAGGUCAUACCCAUACCGACCGUGGCAUCGAGCAGACCAGUUUCGCAAAAGGACCUCGAGGACGCCCGGCGCCCCACCUCGCCCUAUUCCCACCGGGUGCUACGCACGUGGCGCCGCCGACUGACCCCCUGUGCCUCCCAAACCUCCCAUACCAGGAAGCAGAAGCGCGCCGCUAAAACCGUCGAGAAGUGGAAGGGGUAUAGCCACGACGUCAAGAAACGGAUCACGGCCAGCCGGUACGCCAUGUACCGCGACAUGCUUCUCAACUAUAACACGACGACGCCCUGGUACCCAUGGACCUACCGCGUCGAUUUUGUCGAGCUGGACGCGGCGUGGGGCACAACCUUCGAAGACAGUGUACCCCUCCUCCCCGCGGCUCUGGAACGGACGGUCCGCCGUCCCAAUAACGCGUGGUGGGCCGUCGACACGCUCCGUCCCCUCCUCUUAUCAAAGCCGACCAAGCUCCGCCACGGGGUUUGGAUGGACGCCGCGCGUACUGCCGCAAAAAUCGCCAGUAUUUUCCGGACCCAGUACCGUGACACUAUGCGGUUUGCUGUUGCGGUCCACGAACUCGCCGAUUACGAAUACGCGCACGAGCUGCCGUUUGAGGAUGGGCUCUGGCUUACCCAUGUUUUCGAUGACCACUUUCUCCGGCCACCACAGUUUUACUCCCCCCCUUCGCUUGCCCCUUCGUCGCUGACUUGGGUGUUCCAGGCAACCGAGCAUAUUCAUGCGUAUUUCGAUAACGAGGGUGGUGAGUACCAGUAUAUACAGGGUAUGGCUAUGGUGCUCGCGGUUGACGAGUACCGUAAGGUUCUCGAGAAGCUCAAUGGGGCUAAAAAGGUGAUCAAGGCGGAGUAG